ACUGAAUGGAAGCUGGAGUGUCAAGGUCGCUAUUGGAGGAUAUGUGGUACAGGUUUAUGUUUAGUGUAAAUAUGACAAAUAGUGGGCUUGAAUAUUAAAGGAAAUGGAAUUAUAGUACAUAGGAUUAGUGAGUUUGUCCGUUUUAUGGAGCGCGGUUUUUGGAGUAGGAACGGAUAAUUAAUGUGUUUUAACUUAUGAAAAUGAGAUGGGGAAGUAAUCGCACGGUACGAUACGAUAGAAGCUCGUGAAAAUAGCCGCUUUUCGGCGGGGGCGAUCACGAAAUUAGUAUAUUUUCCUGACACCAUGUCUUCCGCCCGGCGCCCCUCGCUUCCUCCGAUGCCUGACCUGUCUCAUCUGAAGGAAGAGGAGAGGAAAAUCAUCGAGGAUGUGCUCCGGAGGCAGAAGGAAGAAGAGGAGAAGGAGCAAGAUAUGAUACGGCAAAUGCAGAUGGAGUUUGAUACGUACCGUCAAACUGUGGAGAAAGUUGGAGAGGAGGUCAAAAGGUCGGAAAACGCUGACACGGGUGCUGUGUGUGAUAUAUGUAGGAAAACCAAAUUUGCUGAUGGUGUAGGUCACAAGUGUACUUACUGCAACCUCAAGUCUUGCGCCCGUUGUGGGGGAAGGGUGACCGUCAAAGCCAAGCCUAACGAUCCCAAACCACUAGACCCCACUAUCAAACCAACAACCACAUGGGCGUGUAACCUGUGUAAGAAGAAACAAGAGAUUCUGGCCAAAACUGGUCAGUGGUACCACGGGGGUAUGGCCCGACCGGUCGGGAUCGGUGAAGUCAUCGACUCGACCUCUGGGAGCCUGGCCGACCUAACGAGGUCAGAGUCUAGCUUGACCCAACAGAGUGACAAGCGCCAAAAAUACAUUGACCAAAGUGGGAGUGGACAUACAAGUUCUGAAAAGGAGAAUGUGGAGAGGUCGGACAAAUCAGAACAUGGUCAAAUAACUCGCCAAGGCUCUCAGUUGAAAAGACAAUAUUCAUUAGAUGCUCAAAGGGGUAAAAACGGGGAGAAUACAACCCCUGCUGGAUCCGAUAGGCUCAAAGAAAGGGGAAAUAAUGCUAUAAAUAACGAGAGAGGGCGGGCGAGAGACAAAUCUCCAGCCCGGCACAGACAUCAUUCUGAAUCUCGAUUGUCAGAGACAGAUAAACGGUUCAUUGCUUACGAACGUGGGGAGGGGGAGCGGAUUGGGGGUCGUAGCCCUAGGGAGACACUGGGGCCCAGGUUGGGGGAUAAUAGGGAUAAUAAGGGUCGCCAUGGAGAUGAAAGGGAAGCCAGAAGGGGACAGGAGAGGCUCCAUGCUGAAAGGGACAUCAUCAAAAGGGAGACUACUCCAAGAACUAGGUCAAUGAAGGACGUUUCAAGUCCAAGGCACUCGCUGGACGAGAAAUCCGUCGGCGACGACAGAGAGCGUCGGAAAGAGCCGCAGGACCGGUACCGACAAUCAGGCCCUGAUAACUUUAGUAACCUUAGCAACCGACCUCACGACAGGUCACAUGACUAUGCAGACAAAAAACGGGACGACCAUAAAACCAGCGGAAGCAAAGGCCAUAUGCAGGAUAGGGAACGUGACCGAGACAGAAUGGGCGAUAAAACAAGCUCCCAUCGAUCCAGUACUGAUAAUGUCUCACGUUCUGGCUCAAGACGGGAAAACCGACGGUCGCCCCCUCGACCCCCUGGGUCAGAUCGACCUCCCCAACACCGGCAUUUCAUUCACAUAGAGCAGGCCAGUGACACUCAAGUCAGUGCCAAUGAGGACCCGCAAGACACAGAUCUAAGCAAACAGCAUUUAGACCCCAAUUCUGCUGUAACGAAAUCGUCGCGUAGCAAUAGACGGAAAAUUGAAACUAUGUUAAGGAAUGAUUCACUUAGCUCUGACCCCUCAGACUGUGUUCGACCGCCACCCCCUAAACCUCAUAAACACAAACGCGGCCGAAAACAGCGGCAACACUCAGUGUCGUCAUCUGAUGACGAAAUCCGGUCUACACCGGAGUGUUCAAGUUGUGAGGAACAAGAUAUAGAGAGCGAGAGUGUUAGUGAAAAAGGGGGUGAGUAUCUUUAUAAUCCCCCUAUUGUGGAUGAGCGUUGGAAACAGAAGGAAAUUCUCGAAGCAAAAAUCAAAAAGUUCUUAUCGCAUCCCGUUGCCUGGCAGCCCUCUGCUGAUGGCCAACAUUGGGUGGGUCACAUGAUACUAAAGAAAGCAGUAUUAGACGGUACAGGCCGACCACCAGACUCGGGCGCAGUACUUGGUCUCAAGAUUGUAGGCGGUCGAAUGACUGAUGAGGGAAGCUAUGCAGCCUACAUCACCCAAGUAAAGAAGGGUUCCAUUGCUGACUCAGUAGGGCAUCUACGUGCAGGUGACGAGGUAGUCGAGUGGAAUGGCAGAUCUCUGCAAGGGGCAACCUUCGAAGAGGUGGCAGAUAUCAUCUUAGAAUCAAAACAGGAGGCACAAGUGGAGCUUAUUGUGCAUAGGCAUAUAAGCACUGGAGAGGUACCUCCAGGAGCAAACAGCCAGUAUGACGUUACCAAAGACUUUGGACACAUCAAGGAUGUUGUAGGAACCACAAGAUUAAACCGUCCAAGCUUGAAGGUCACUUCACCCGAGUCACCUAGGCAACCCAAAACUCAAAACCAAAAUGCAGCACAAAUAUCGGGAAGAAUUCAGGUGAAGCUGUGGUACGACAAGCGAAGCUUCGAGCUGAUCAUCAGCAUCAUCAAUGCCAUUGAUCUUCCCGCCACCAAGGAGGGGACGUCACGCAACCCCUACAGCAAGAUAUAUCUGCUCCCUGACAGAAGUGAAAAAAGCAAACGUAGGACGCGCACAGAACAGAAGACCAAUGAGCCCAAUUGGAACCAGAUGUUCAUAUACAGUCCUGUUAAACCCGAGGACUUUGCUGAACGGAUGAUUGAAAUAACAGUCUGGGACUAUGACAGGAUAGGCGCCAGUGAAUUCCUCGGAGAGGUGUUGAUAGACCUCACCUCUGCGUGCCUCACGGAUGAGCCCUACUGGUACCAGCUCAGUAACCAUGAUAACACCAGCCUGCCCCUGCCUAGCUCCUCCCCUAGAAACAAGACCAGCAAGGACCCAUAUGAUGUCCGCUACAACAAGCCUGCUCCACCCCGGGGUGGCAGGGUUGGCGGUGACAGUGAUAUGUCUGAGUUUGACAUUUGUGAAGAUUCCAUUGGGGCUGUAGAAGCCCCUGGCACUAGUACUAGGAGAGAUACUCCAUCACAAGCAAGCACUCGAAGGAAAGAGAGCGCAGGAUCCAGUGUGGAGAAGCUUGACAUACCAGAUAGAAGUCAAAGGUCAAAAUCCCCAGUGCCUGACUCACAGGGUCAAACAAGGAACAGAUCAAGGUCACCAGCACCUAAUCGAGUAGAAAAGGACCCAAGGUCACGAUCACCUGCUCCAGAUAGAGGUCAUGACCAAAGGUCAAGUUCACCGCAAGAGGAGAGGAUUCCAAGGUCAAGGUCACCUGCACCAGAUAGGGACAGGACUCAAAGGUCAAGGUCACCAAAGUCGGAGCGGGGUCAUCAGAGGUCAAGGUCCUCGGCAAGUCACCAACCUGUGCCUGACUCAGUUGCCCGCUCAUUGUCACCCACUGAUCUCAGCAGUCGCCAUUCCACCAGCAGUACUCCUGUACGUCUGCAAGGAAUGUCGCCAACCAGCACGCCGUCACCAAAGAAGCGGCAGCUUCCCGCCAUACCUGCAGAGGCUCAGUGGGCAAGCAGGGACAGAGUAACACAAGAGCUUGAGGAGCGAACUCGCAUGAUGCGAAAGAGGAUUGUUAUGCAACAGAAAGAGGGAACCAGCAUGCCGCACUCGGAUAGUGAAGGGAACCGACGAAUGCGAGACAGCCGGUCACGGUCACGUGAUCGAAAUUUUGAGCGGGAAUACGACUUUCGACUUGAUCGAGGUUUUGAACGAGGUUACCUCAACCGAAGACGCAAAGAAUUUGGAGAAGACGAAGUGCAGAGUGACGCGUCGGAAACGAGUGACAUGUCAGAGGUGUCCAAGGUCAGCACACUGAGUGUCAGGUCAACACAGUCGGAACGACCCAGAAAACUGAGUGAGUUCAAAUCCUGUAUGGAGAGCCGUGGUACCCCAAUGCCUGCUAGACGAGCCCCGCCCCGCAGCACCAGCAAUGAGAGCUCUGUCAUGGAGCAGAAUGAUGGCAGCCAAUCAGAUUCCGCGGUUUCCAAUAGCAUCACCGAGGGGCGAAGUAAAAGAAGGCCAAGCAUUAGUCACAAGAUGGCAACCUUUGUGGGUCUCCGUCGACGUAGCAGCAGUGCAACUCAACUAGAUGGUCCCAAACGCAGCUCAUUCCAGCGAAGUGAAGAGGUGUUACCCACAGGAGACUCCACUCACAUCUACAAGCAGGGAAGUCGCGAGUCCACGGAUGGAAGCGUCAGUUCAGACUCGGGCAGCGUUCUCUGGUUACCCCCGGGGAUGCGAAUGGGCGCGGACGGGGCAUUUGGGGAGUUCGUGGAGGGGCUUGGCCCGGGUCAGCUGGUUGGGCGGCAGGUGCUGGGGUCAGCCUGCCUGGGAGAGAUCCAGCUCAGUCUGUACGACCGCAAAGGUCAUCUAGAGGUCGAGGUCAUACGGGCCCGGGGACUAAUGGCCAAACCGGGGGCAAAGAUAUUGCCAGCUCCGUAUGUGAAAGUAUACAUUAUUGAGGGCAAGCAUUGCAUUGAGAAGCAGAAGACAACAGUCGCCAGGCGCACACUGGACCCGCUCUACCAACAGCAACUAGUCUUCACGGAGCCCUACACAGACAAAGUAGUACAGCUCACAGUAUGGGGGGAUUACGGUCGCAUGGACAGGAAAGUCUUCAUGGGUGUGGCUCAAAUCAUGCUUGGCCAGCUGGAUCUGUCGAACAUUGUGAUUGGCUGGUACAAGCUGUUUCCUUCGUCCUCAUUGGUCAGUCACCAUUCCUCAUCUACUGGUACCCUUACUUCAACAAACAGAAAGGGAUCCAGCACUUCAUUGGAUAGUGGAUAUAACCACAGUACCAGGACCUAGCGGGUAACCAGUUGAGCUAAACUGGAUCAGAUGAGCCUUGUUGUGGGAAAAGUGGGCUUACUGCAUGUGCAUAAAGUGUCGGCAAAAAUU